CACAGCAGUGACUUUGUUAGACAGUGAGUCAAUCUUGAUCUCCGUUUGACUCAUUUUGUGAACUGCUGUGUGUGAUCUGUAACUUUUCAUCAAUGCACCCAGUAUAUUUCCAUGACAACAAAGAACCCCCCCUUCACCCUUUGAGACACAAAAGGCGGCUCUCUACAUUGUAAUGGGUGUGAUAAUGAGUAAGACGAUACUGACAGGUCUUGAAUAUGUUUCCAAGGAGUUAGAUUUGGAUCGUCAAACUUAUUAUUGUUGUGGUCCGUGUUGGUUUUCCCAAGAUGGCUGUUAGGACUGUGAAAAGCAGAUAACAAUAUUUGCUUUAGUGGGCCACGUACAGGGAAAUGAUACGCUGGACCAGAGCAGGCUCCCCGGGCCUUAGGUUUGACAUCUACGGUUUUGUGAGUGGAAUCAAGAGAAAGGGUGUACGUGUAAAAGUGCACAGAGUUGCAUUUUGAACUGAUGAGAGAUAGGUUUAAUCUAUUUUUUACGACAGAAAAAGCUCAGAUAUGCUGCACCUGCAUCUCAAUAGACUGGUGGGUUGGGACCAAAAAGUGGGUCGCAGAGCUUUGAAAGGGGCAGAAAAAUGGGGACAUGGCAAAUGUGAGAUUUGUGCAGAUAGCAACAGAUUCAUUAAUAAGAUGUUCCCCAUCCAUUGCCUUUUUUAAAAUACUGUUAUUUAUCUGUUUGGUUCAGGAAUGAUCUGUUGUCAAUGCGUUUUCUUGUCCCCUACUCGCAGCUCGUCUUUGGCUUUGACCCAGUUUACCUCGCCAAACCUGUUUGUUAUCCUGUCAAAUCUCAGGCACCCUUCCAAUCUUAAUACUUUCAAACCCAACGUAAAUUCAUUUAAAUAUCGGCAUAUUCGCCACUUGCAUCUGACGAAUCGCUGAUGCCGAAAAUAAUUAUACAACCUGCCCAAGGUGCACAGUUGUGGAGUGUUCUUAGCGCUGAGCAGAUUGUGAUUAGUUAAGAUGUUAUCAUUUGAACCUUAAGCUUUCCCCUAUCACUUGCAGUUGAGGUGCUAUGUCAUAAAAUCGCCCGCAGAUAAACCAAAGCAUGCGUAAUUUCACUUUGGUCAUUUGCUAAACUCAGUGCCGACGGGCAGUUUGCGUGCGCGGAUUAGCCGUGCAACGCCAGGGAGGAGUCUGGGGCGCUAGAAGUUGAGUCAGCUGACAAACUCGCUCACUCUUCUGUCUGGAGAAAGACGAGUACUGUUGCUGAGAGGGAAACCUGAGCUCUAUAGGGCCAACAAUGCCUGCUGAUAGUGCCUUGGAGGUAUACAAGGAGAUGGUGCUCAUCUACCUGGAGGACGUUCGGCGGCUUGUGAACGCGCACUGCAGAGACUUUGAGCCGUGGCAGCUCAUCGGAGUGACGCUCGCCACCACACUGGGAGCCGUGUGGCUUAAAGGAUUCCUCUUCCAACAAGAAAGUCUCCUUUCCAGAAUGAAGAAGCAAUGCUUUCGACUCAUCAGAAAAAUACCCUUCAUUGGCGGCCCGAUCCAGCGUCAACUGAACAAGGCUUUAGACGACAUGUCUGCCGGUCUGUGCACUCUGAAGAAUGGCAUGAGUUACACCAAAAAGUUGCCCUCAAAAGGUCUCUCGCAAAGCCAAGUGUUGGACAAGAUCAGCGAGUACCAAACCUUGAAUGAGUGCCAGUGGCAGAACGGCUGUGUUUCAGGCGCAGUGUACUGGGGUGAUGAAACACUGACGAAACUCCUGGUCAAGGUUUAUGGUGAUUUUGCAUGGAGCAACCCACUUCAUCCAGAUAUCUUUCCCGGUGUGAGAAAAAUGGAGGCAGAGGUGGUCAGAAUGGCUUGCACACUUUUCCACGGCGGACCCGACUCGUGUGGCACAGUGACUUCAGGAGGAACGGAGAGCAUACUGAUGGCCUGCAAGGCGUACAGAGACAUGGCGUAUGAACGAGGUGUCAAAUACCCAGAAAUCCUGGCGCCAAUUAGCGUCCAUGCGGCCUUCGACAAAGCGGCGCAUUACUUCGGGAUGAAGCUUGUUCACAUUCCCCUCAAUAGCAAAACAAUGCAGGUUGAUGUCAAGGCUAUGAAGAGAGCCAUCAACAAGAACACGGCCAUGCUCGUGUGCUCAGCCCCUCAGUUUCCACACGGCAUUAUGGACCCUAUUGGAGAAGUUGCCAAGCUGGCCGUACGUUACCACCUGCCGUUGCAUGUCGAUGCCUGUUUGGGUGGUUUUCUGAUCGUCUUCAUGGCCAAGGCUGGCUACCAGCUCCCACCGUUUGACUUCAGGGUAAAAGGUGUUACAAGCAUCUCUGCAGACACUCACAAGUACGGCUACGCCCCCAAAGGUUCUUCAGUGAUUCUCUACAGUGAUAAAAAGUACCGUCACUAUCAGUACUUUGUGGCCCCAGACUGGCAGGGCGGAAUCUAUGCCUCGCCCUCCAUCGCGGGCUCCAGGCCCGGAGGAAUUGUGGCGGCCUGCUGGGCCACCAUGAUGCACAUGGGAGAGAAUGGAUACGUGGACGCCACUCGCAAGAUCAUCGGCGUGGCGCGCAGAAUUAAAGCAGAGGUUCGAAAGAUGAAAGGCGUGUUUGUGUUCGGGGAUCCCGAAAUUUCAGUGGUGGCGAUCGGCUCGGACGAGUUUGAUAUUUUCCGUCUGUCCAACGCGUUGACGUCAAAGGGCUGGAAUCUGAACACGCUUCAGUAUCCAUCCAGCAUCCACAUCUGUUGCACAGUUCUACACACCCAGCCGGGUGUUGUGGAGCGCUUUGUUGGCGAUAUCAGAGAACAGGUUGCCAUCAUUAUGAAGAACCCCAAAGAGAAAACCACAGGAAUGGGAGCCAUCUACGGCAUGGCCCAGUCAAUCCCAGACAGAUCCAUGGUAACGGAAAUCUCCCGAGGCUUCCUGGACUGUCUAUACAGCACGGAGGUGCCCAAGUCCAACACCAGCCACAUGAACGGUAACGGCAAAGCCCACUAAAAAAAGGAUCAGGGUUGUUCUCGACUCGCUGCACACACACGGGAAAUUCGCUCAUCUGCUCCCAGUGCUCUUGAGUUCAGGGUUGACUGGUUGCCUUAUCUUGCAUCACUUGGACAGUUUCUAAAAGCACAAGACGUCCUUUUAAUCACCACCGGAGGAAAAUGACUCCAAGAGACUGGCUGGUGUUCAAAUAGAUUGAAAUCAUGUAGUGUAUGUGUUUUGUGUCAUUAGAUUCAUUUCAAUAUUAAUUAUCAUGCAUAGUCUGAAUAUUUCAAUUUGCUGCUGUCAUUUU